AUGAUUCUCAAUAGAAGAGAACAAAUAACGAAUAAUUGUGACGAUGAUCAUGUUUCUAAUAAUAUAUAUCUUUCUUCUUGUUGGAUUCAUUUAUCGUCAUCAUCAUCAUCAUCAUCAUCAUCAUUAAUAACUUAUCAAUUAUUAGAAAGUUCAUCAUUAUUAUUUUUUAAUUCAACAACAAAUAUAAUAUCAAUAUCAAAACGUAUUGAUCGUGAUAUAUUAUGUCCAAAUGAUGAUCUAUGUUCAACAUGUUAUUUAAUAAUGAAAUUUUAUGAUAUGUUUUAUUAUGAUAUAUUAUUAUUAAAAUUUAAAAUAAAUGAUAUUAAUGAUAAUCAACCAAUAUUUAGUUCAAAUACAUAUUCAAUAUCAUUAACAGAAAAUAAUAUGCCUGGUAUUAAAAUACGUUUAUCAAAAGCUGAUGAUAUUGAUUGUUUAAUAAAUAGUAUACAAUAUUAUGAAUUAACAUAUAUUUAUAAUAAUCAUAUAAUAAUAUCAAAAAUAAAUUUAUUUCAACAAAUAAAUCAAACAAUAAAUUUUAAUCAACCAUUUUAUUUAUAUUAUGAUAUAAUUAAUUUUGAUUUAUAUCUUAUUAUUAAUAUUACACUUGAUCGUGAAUUACAACAUGAAUAUAUAUUUACAUUAACAGUUAAUGAUUAUAAAUAUACAACAUCAACAAAAUUAACAUUAAAUGUUCUUGAUGUUAAUGAUCAUAAUCCAAAAUUUUCACAAACAAUUUAUACAGUUAAUAUAUCACAUAUAACACCAAUAGGUACAAUAUUAAUAAAAUUAACUGCAUAUGAUGAAGAUUUAGAUGAUAAUGCACGUAUUUAUUAUUCAUUAUUAAGUAUUGAUGGUAAUAAAAUUGAAUUAAAUGAAAAAAAUGAUUUAUUUCAAUUAAAUUCAUAUACAGGUGAAUUAAGUUUAAUAUCAAAAUUAAAUCAUCUUGAUUCAAAAAAUAUAUUUAAAUUAAUUAUUGGUGCAUCUGAUGGUACACAUAAUGCUAUACCAGCAUUAACAACUGUUUAUAUAAAUAUAUUAAAUGAUAUAUAUAAUGAUAAUAAAUCAUUAAUACAAAUAACAUUUGGUUCAAAUCUUGUAUCAAAAAAUUUUACAGAAGUAUAUAUAUCAGAAAAUUUACCUAAUGCAACAUUUAUUGCAUAUAUUAAAUCUGAUGAAAAUUUAAAAAUUGAAUAUGAUGAAGGUUUUUUUAUACAAAAAUUAACUGAUAAUAGUUUUACAUUAUUAACAGAUCGUAUAUAUGAUCGUGAAUUACGUUCAUCAUAUAAUAUUAUUUUACGUAAUAAAUAUAUUCAACGUAGUUUUAAAAUAAUUGUUACUGAUAUAAAUGAUUGUAAACCAAUAUGGAAUAUAUCACCAUUAAAUAUUGAUAUUGAUUCUUAUGAUAAUUAUUUAAAUGAACCAAUUUUAAUAAUAUUAAAUGCAAGUGAUUAUGAUGAAAAUUCUAAAAUUGGUUAUCGUAAAAAAAGUUCAUCAUGGCCACAAUGGAUAUUAUUAAUAUCAAAUGAAUUAAUUAUUAAUUGUACAUUACAAUUAAAUGAUACAAAUAAUGAUUGUUGGUUUUAUUUAACAAAUGGUGAAAUAUGGCUUGAUAUUGAAGCAUAUGAUAUUGAUAAUGAAAAUUUUUCAUCUAUUAUUAAUAUACGUCUUUAUAGAAGUUCAAUAUUAAGUAAUAAUUUAAUAUCAAAACAAAUAAAACAAUUUGAUAUUUUACAAUUAUUAAAACAUGAAAAUAUAAUUAUAAUCAUAGCUAUUUUAAUGGGUUUAUUAUUUGUUAUUGCAACAAUACUUAUUUGUAUGUAUUGUCGACGAGAAUUAAAUAAAAAACCAUCAUCUUUAAUAACAAAUAUAACAGAUGAUAACAGUACAAAACAAAAAAUUAUUCAAACAUCAUCAUCAGAACAGACAUCAUCAGCUGGAUCACUUUAUGGUUCAGAAAAAUCUGAAAAUAUUACAGUUGAAACAUCUGAUAUGUUUCUUUUUUCUCCAAAACGUACAGCAUUAAUACCAUAUUCAUCAGAUAAUUUAACAAAUAAAUUAUUUCAUUCAAUACAAACAGAUCUUUCAUUAUUAACAGAAACCAAUCAACAAAUAAUAUCAACGAGAGGAACUUAUGUUUAA